AUGAGUGAAGUAAAAGAAGAAAUGCCGACGAUUAAUCGUCGACAUAGUGGAACCGUACAUUCCUUGAAGAUUUCUAUUAAACGUCGAAGAACAGGAGAAUUUAUCGCUCGAAAUUCUAUGCUAACAGAUCUAUUUCAAGUCUCGCAUAUCAAAUGUGUACGAAAUGCAUUUGCUGCUGGAUUUAUUAUAAUGAUAUUACGGCACAUGGUCAACGAUUUUUUACAUUACGGAAGACUUAACUGGACAUUUGAGUUAUUAUCAUUGACAGUCGGUAAAUUACAUAUCGUUGUUCUCGUCUGGACUCUCAUGACUCUAUCUGCAAGUUUUGGAGUCUAUUACGGCUCAUACAUGUGGACACAUCAUCGCAGAUCUGACGGAAUUAAUUCUCGUAAUGUCGUUAUAGGAUCGUAUGAUAUGAUAUGGUUGACGAUUUAUAUUUGUUAUUUGGCGGGUUUAAUGGUUAUACCUUGUUGGCAGAUAAUCUAUCAUCAAUUACCACUUGUGUCUUCAGCAAUAAUCAUUGCCGAACAAUUGCGACUAUUAAUGAAAGUACAUUCAUUUGUACGUGAGAAUGUCAGAAAGAUGAGUAAACAAACAAUAAGCGCAUCUGAUCAACAAUUGAGUCAUUUGCAUCAAUAUUUAUAUUUUCUGUUCGUACCAACUUUAAUCUAUCGUGAUACGUAUCCUCGUACAUCGACGAUUGAAUGGAAUGUAGCCUGGAAAAUGUUUGGUCAAUUUCUCCUUCUUCUUAUUCUCGUUUAUCAGCUCAUUGCUUAUUAUUGGAUGCCAGUUUUCGCCCAAUGUUUCGCAGUCAAUGAAAUAACGCUUGAAUUUGUUAUCACAGCAAUAUUUGAUCUCAUGUUGCCAGGAACGUUAAUUAUUAUUUUAACUUUUUACGGCUUUUUCCAUUGUUGGAUGAACGGAUUUGCCGAAUUAUUGCAAUUUGCGGAUCGGAUGUUCUACGAAGAUUGGUGGAAUUUUACAUCAGCUGCAACUUUUUGGCGUUCUUGGAAUGUUAUUGUACAUGAUUGGCUUUAUGUUUAUGUUUACAAAGAUUUGACCACAAUAUUUUCUGGUAGUCGAAAUUUGUCAACGGCUUGUGUAGUUAUUCUUUCUGCGAUCUUUCAUGAAUAUUUCAUGAUCGUUUCUUUGGGAUUUUUAUCUCCAAUAUUGAUUGCUUGGUUUGGUUUAUUCGGAAUGGCAUUUCGUUUUGCGUUUCCACAAACGAAAGGAAGCCAAUGGAAUAUACUUUUACUAACAUUCAUACCGAUUUGUGCGGGAAUAAUUCCGUUUCUUUAUGCUCUCGAAGUUUCAGCUCGAUCUUCUCCUUCCGAACGUGAAUCUUUUUCGAAAAUGACUUCAACUAGUAGCAAACAAUCAAAAUCUGAUUUAUAA